UGUGGCAGAUAGCGGGUCAGGAGUGGCGGCGGGAGUGGCGGCUGUGGCGACUGUGGCGGCGGGUGUGGCUGUGGCGGGUCGGCAGCGGACGGGCGGCACGACGACGGCGCACAGCAAGCAACUGGCGGCGGCCGGGGCCAACCCGGCCCAGCCGCAAGGUAGCAAACGCUCCGGCUGUGGCGGAGAUGGGGACUACCAGCUGGUGCAGCAUGAGGUGCUCUACUCCUCGUCCAAUAGGUACGAGGUGUUGGAGUUCCUCGGCCGCGGAACCUUCGGCCAGGUGGUGAAGUGUUGGAAGAAGGGCACCAACGAAAUAGUCGCCAUCAAGAUACUCAAGAACCAUCCCAGCUAUGCCAGGCAGGGGCAGAUUGAGGUGUCGAUCCUGUCGCGCCUGUCCCAGGAGUCUGCGGACGAGUUCAACUUCGUCCGAGCGUACGAAUGUUUCCAGCACCGCUCUCACACCUGCCUCGUGUUCGAGAUGCUGGAACAGAACCUGUACGACUUCUUGAAACAGAACAAGUUCUCGCCGCUGCCCCUCAAGUACAUCAGGCCCAUACUGCAGCAGGUCCUCACCGCGCUCUUGAAACUUAAACAACUCGGUUUGAUCCACGCUGAUCUGAAGCCUGAGAACAUAAUGCUGGUGGAGCCGGCGCGCCAGCCCUACAGGGUCAAGGUCAUAGACUUCGGCAGCGCCUCGCACGUCAGCAAGGCCGUCUGCAACACAUACCUCCAGAGCAGAUACUACAGGGCCCCCGAGAUAAUCCUGGGUCUAGCGUUCUGUGAGGCGAUCGACAUGUGGUCCCUGGGCUGUGUGGUCGCCGAGCUGUUCCUGGGCUGGCCGCUGUACCCGGGCUCGUCGGAGUACGAUCAGAUCAGAUACAUAUCACAGACCCAGGGUCUACCCACCGAACAUAUGCUUAACAGCGCAUCAAAGACAGCCAAGUUUUUCUAUCGCGACGUGGACAGUACUUAUCCGUUUUGGAGGCUGAAGACUCCCGAGGAACACGAGCUGGAGACCGGCAUCAAGAGCAAGGAGGCCAGGAAGUACAUCUUCAACUGUCUCGACGACAUAGGACAGGUAAACGUUCCGACGGAUCUCGAAGGCGGACAACUGCUGGCCGAGAAAGCGGACAGAAGGGAAUUCAUAGACUUACUGAAGAGGAUGCUUACUAUGGACCAAGAGCGCCGCAUCACCCCCGGGGAGGCCCUGAACCACGCCUUCGUCACUCUCGCACACCUCGUGGACUACGCGCACUGCAAUAAUGUUAAGGCGUCGGUACAGAUGAUGGAGGUCUGCCGUCGCUCAGGUAGUGGCGUGGGCGGUGUAGGCGGCGUGGGCGGUGUAGGUGGCGAGUACGUGGGCGGCGUGGUGGCGCCCGCCGCGCCCACCGCUCACCAUCUCGCUCUCACCAUCAACCAGCAGCGACUCAGAGCUGCUCCAUACGAUAACCUGUACCAGUUGUACGGCGGCGGGCGGGUGGCGGUGGGCGGCGGCAGACAGUUCACGCGGGCCCCGGACCCCUUCCCUCAUCAGUUCGUGUCGUCCAUCCUGUGUCAGCCGGCCUACCAGGUUCAACAACUGGCUGCAGCGGCGGCCGCAGCGGCAGCGGCCCACCACCAGCAUGGUGUAGGCGGCGUGGGCGGAGUGGGCGUCGGCGUCGGCGUAGGCGACGUGGGCGAGUGGCGCGCACCGCUCAUUGUGGAGCCAGCGCCACUUCCUGAACCGGAAGUGUGGGACUUCCAUCACCAUCACCCGCACCAUCAUCACCCUCACAAGAGAUCGACGAAGCAACAAACGAGCGGCGUGCCUCACUACCAGCCGCCGCACCAAACGCAUCAAUACAGUAUGGCGAGCGCCGGCGGCAAGAAAGAGGCGACGCAGCUCUCCCCCGUCAAGAAGAGGGUGAAGGAAGGCACGCCGCCCUCCAGGCACAGGCAGGAAAACACCGGUCGGUGUAACCAGCCCGUGGCAGGGUGGGAGGCGGGCGGCGCUCACACCAUCACCAUCAGAGACACGCCGUCACCCGCCGUGUCCGUCAUCACCAUCUCGGACAGUGACGACGAUGAUGGCCGACCAGACAGGGGAGGAGGUGUUAACCCGCCGGCAAUGGUGGCGCCUCCACCGGCGAGUGUGAUCUGUAACGCGAGGACUCCGCGAGACGACCGACACGUGAAGCAUGAGCCGCAUCACACGCACCAACCCUGCCACCAUCACACGCAGCCGCAGCAACCUCAACAACAGACACAGCAACAACAGCAACAACCUCAGCAGCAACAGCAACAGCAACAACAGCAACAGCCCCGCCAGCCGGCCGGGCCUCAGGUGACGCCACAGAGCCAGAAGAAACGUCUGCUAGCUCUGGCGCAGCAGGAACAGGCGAAGCUGGAACAUCACGAUCUGCAACACUACCACCAACAGAGCGGGUCGAGCGUCCGGCCGAGCGACUACCAGUGUAACCAAUAUGUGCCGACACAACACAACAAGAGGGAUAGCAGCGGUGGUUGUCGCGAGUACCUGCCCGUGAGCGCGGCCGUGAGCGGCGUCAGCGGGGUGACGGCAGUGAGCGGCGUGGGCGUGGGCGGCGUGGGCAUGAGCGUGAACGUGGGCCCGCCCGCCGCACACAAACACGCACACGCCUGGCACCACCAUCCACAUCCACACUAUAAGAGCAGUGUGGGCAGUGGCGUUGGCGUGGGCGUCGGCGUGGGCGCAGGCGUGGGAGUGGGUGGCGGCGUCCUCUCCCCGGGCGGCGUGUCCCCCGGGUACCUGGCACCCCCGCUAUACGUACCCACCUACCACUAUCACACUGGCGGUGUGAGCGGCGUGGGCGGUGUGGGAGGCGUGGGCGCCGUGGGCGGUCCUCCUCCCGCCCAUCACGGCAGCGGCGCGCGGCUCCCGGGCUACCUGCAGCCGUACUCCCCCACAUACCUCGUGCCGCAACAUCCGCAGCAGCACCUCUGGUACACGGACUGAAGGCGGCCGACACACGGGACGGAGACCAUGACGUAGUUUAGGAUCGUGUCGCACUAUAUAAGGCAACGCACACACUCGCCGACCAUGGCAUCGCUCCAUGUACACGGAGAGUGUCCUAUAGAUUAGUGACGAUUGUUUUAUUUCGAUUUGUGGAUUUGUAUAGAUUUUAAGAUGAUUUUGCUGUUGAGAAGCGAGUAGUUUGCAUUUACUAAUAUUUUAUGUAGACUUAGAGUUAGCGCGGCCUCGCUCCGCGCGGACGAGGCCGCCGCGCCGGCGUCUGUAACGUCGGAGGGUUUUUAGUUACGAGGGGAUUUUGUCAAUUAAUUGGUUUGGAUUACAGCACUAGGUAUCGAACUCUGCUUCGUGAACAGAUUUGAUUUGUAUGUUACGUUCCAUAUCAUGUAGCGUAGAUGAACAUUAACGAAUAUGCUGUGUUUAUAUUGAAUAUUAUUUAAUCGUAUUUACUGGUAGCGUAGAGACGGCGCGGGAGGAGCCGCGUGCGGAAGUAAAGGAAAUAAAAAAAUAUAUGUUCAUUAAGAGUCUUAUAAGAUAUUUAGUACAGACUAUAAAGAACACUAGUAGGUUAUAGGGACGAUGUAACUCAUAUUCACCUUAGGUAAUUGAAUUGUUAUUUUUAACGAAUGUUUUAAUGCAAUUAUUGUGCGAUUUAAUUUAGUUUAGUGUUAGUCGGUUUCCUUCGCUACGAUGCAUCGUGUUAACUGUAUUACUGUCAGUAAUUAGUUCUGUACAUAUAAGUUUAGUAAGUGUACAAGUGAUUUGUUUGAACUCGGAUCCGUCGGAGGUUUUUUCGAUUUGAUUUUGUUUAUCGUUUUAAGUAUUUCUUUAACUCGUACGAUUGUAAGCCUUUCGUUUUUAUCGAGGACUAAUGAUUAUCUUACCUGUCACGGUAAAUAUCAACCAAACGCGAUAUUUUUUUGUUUUUAUGACGACAACUAUUAUGUUUUAUUUAUAGUACAGUAGCUUCGCUGCCUGACAAUAAUAGUUUAGUUCAUUGCUUAGUGGAAUGUUAUCUUACGUUAUACUGUCGCCGAGCAUCGCCUAGAACAAGCUCUUGAAUACGGACAAUUUUAAUAUUUGAUUAUUUAAAUGAAUAAACGCACUCGGAGGCCCGCUCCGGGCGAUGCUCGGCCUCUGCUAUCAUGAGAUACAUCUGUAUAUGGAGGAGGGACGAGUUCCGUCAGCAAACAUUACUUACAACGAUGACUGGUCCAGUUAUUAUUACAGCGUCAUUAAUAUUCGAGAUGUGUCUCGUGAUAGUUUCGUCCUCUGUGACGUCGCUUCACUUACCUUUUAUUUUACUUUAAUUGUAUUUUUAUUUCUCAAGUAACUGUUCUGACUCUGUCUUGAUGCUGAUUCGAUCCUCCCUGAGUUAUUUUUAUUGAUUAAUUAUUUCUUUAUAUUUAAGAUGUUUAUUUUCGGAAUUUUUUGGGGUUUUAGUUUAAGUGUAUUAACAAUGGUAUGUUAACGUAUAAUGUAUUAUGUGUAGCGUUAGUUCUCCCGCUUGCGAUGUUUCGUUUUAUUAUGCCCUUAUUAUUAUUGUAUAUUGUAAGUAUUCUUAUUAUUAUUUGUCGGUUCACAUGUCACGAUGUUCAAUAUAACGAUCGGUCAUAAUAUAAAAGUCUGUCCAUAGAUUCUGUGAUCUGUUCAAUCGUUCUGAAAUUGAUGUAAAUUUGGGUCGUUGCAAUAAAUUUGUUUUUGAUCGUGUCUUUAUAAAUUGUAAACCAGCCGCAGUACACCCGCUGUGUGUAUAUAUGUCUAUGAGAGUGAGCCCCUUCGCAAUGACAAUAAUUAUGUUAUAACCGAUUCAAUGUACAAAUACAACAUUUUUAGUGUAAUGACGAUGAUUAUUUUACGUCUCCUACUGUACUGUGAGCCGGUCGCACGCCCCGUACGCACACGUGUGUCCUAGCUGUAUCCUAGUGUGGCGGAGUGUUCCUCCCGGGCGGCGAGCCGUCCUCGGUCAGGUCAUCAUGAUGGGUAUGUUCUGUUAUAACUUAGUGUAGGCGCUCGCUGUGAGCGGAACCAUUAACAAUAUUCAAAUUUGGUGAUCAGGGGAUAGCACUCGUGUUGCUUAAGUUUUAUUUUUUUCUUCAUUGAUAAUCACAUAGUUAUUAUGAGAGAGUUGUAAAUAAACAUCCUGAUACCCCUUUU